GACACUUCAUCUCCACUGUCAAAAAACUAUUAUCCCACACCAAACAUUAACUAUUAAACAUCUAUACUUUCACCAUGUCAAACUCUCGUGGUUUUGAGGCAUUAACAACCACAACAGGUACCAGCAGUCACUACAUAUAUUUUCCUGCUGAAUUAAACGACCGCGGCAAGACCGUAAGAAGAAUUAUAGUCUUCAGAAAGUCGAAGGUUGAAUAUGCAAAUGCUGAUCAAACUACACCAGAAGAUCGCGAGAGAGUCAAAUGUUAUGUCAAAGUCGGUACUAAAUCUAGGAAUUUAAUUGAUGAAGCGAGGACACUCGACAGAUAUCUUUCUGAAGAGCACGAUCCAAGGAAUAAAAUGAACCGCGUAAUGACUGCCUGGGCAUCGAAGGGCUGGGUUUUUGACGCCCAGGGCAAACCUCUUCCAUCUUCUCCUUCAGCUCCAUCUGAACAGCCAAGGGCCAGAACAGACAUAUCAAAAAGUACUCAUCCACAAACUUCGUCUCAACCGGAAAAAGCCAAUAAAAAAAGAAAGGAUGUAAAGGUGGGACCUUUUCUGGUGUCAGAGACUAAUUCCGAUUCCGGUAGUGAAAUAGUCUCUAGUAAUCGUAAUCUCUUAACUUCAUCUAGACAAACAGACGCCAAAAACGAAAGAAACAAACCAAGCAAGGGACCUUUGAAGGUGUCGAAUAGUAAAAUCGUCUCUAGUAAACCCCCAACUUUGUCUAGACCAACAAAAGCCAAUAACGAAAAAAGCAAACCAAGGAAGGGACCGUUUCUGGAAUCAGACAGUGAAUCUGAUCCCGAAUCUUUAUUCGUCUCACAAAAAAAAACUUGCAAUCCGAAGUCUGCAGUAGGUGGCAAGGAGAGGGUGGGAAGAGGAGGAGAGAGAACAGCACAAGAUAAAAUGCCAAUCAGGAGUUCUUUAGCAAGGGAAUUAUUUCCGUCUGAUGAAGAUAAUGAUACCGCAGCUUUAGAAUCGCGCCGCAGACCAAAAACCGCAGAAAGGGGCAAGAAUGCAGAUCUUACUGAGCCUGCCAGGAAGAAGAUGGAUACUACUGAUUUCGCAGGCGGAAAGUCUAAUGACAGAGAGCGCCGUGGAAAUUCAGGGCUCAAGAGAGUUGAAACAACUGGUGAACGAAGUGUUGGAAUCGCAAGGAGGCGUGAUGAUCGUAGUAGGAGCCCUGGCAGAAUUCCCAAAAAGCCUGAAGUUCAGCGUCAAAGAGGAGAGGGCUCCCACAAUUCCUCUCAUCCGACGGAAGGAGUAACAGUAAAGAAAGAAAGCAGGAGCACAGGUAAGGAGCAUUCAUCUAGACCACGCGGCGAUGAGCUUGCAUCAAACGCAAACAUAUAUCGGAAGUCUAAAAGUCUCUAUAAAGGGCCCAAAGCAAAUUGGGUAGAGGAAGAUCCAAACAGAGCACCAACAGAAAAGGAGCUACGAGAUAUGGAACUAGAGGAUGCCGAAAAGCAGUGGAAAAAGAACGGUGGGGGGCUAUUCUAGUCAAACUGGGCUUAGACUCGAAAAAAAUUGGAAGGAUAAACAUUGACAAUCUUGUUGGGGAAAUAGAUGGAGCA